AAAAGACUCUACCAUGUUCCUAUCAUCGGUGCAGGAGUGUUUCAACGUUCCCUUCCUGUCUGCUGUGAGUGACAAUGGUCGGAUUCCACGCCGCGGACACCAUGGAUUUCUCUACUUCGAACGCGGUGUCGGCGCGACGCACUUCCGGCAAGAACGAGGAGGAUCUUGCGAGCAGUGGAUCGAGACAUCGAACAACGAAUGGCAGGAGAACAAGGGACGCGACACGAUUGACGACGCCGUUUAUAAUCUGGCUGUCGUUGCUACUGACACUGGGAACCAGGACAACCUCGUCGGCCGCGAACAUGACGAACGUGUCACCGGUAGCAUCCACAGUGAAGCCAAUCACCACCACCGAAGUAGUUUAUCAACGAUUCGCGAUCGAGCCAAUGGAUCAGACGGCGGUGAUUGGCAGCCGAGUGACGCUUCCUUGCCGGGUCCUCGACCAGAAGGGGCCUAUACAAUGGACAAAGGAUGACUUCGGUCUGGGCGCUGUGAGGAAUCUCACAGGAUACGAGCGUUAUGCAAUGAUCGGCAGCGACGAGGAAGGUGACUUCUCGCUGCACAUAUACCCCGUGGAACUGGAGGACGAUGGCACUUACCAAUGCCAAGCCUCGCCCACGAACGAUGGGCAGCCGGCAUUGCGCUCGAGAUUCGCCAAGCUGAGCGUGCUGGUUCCGCCUCAGAAGCCGAAGAUCCUUCAGGGCGACUUCCUUAUCACGACCGAGGACCGAGAAUUGGUGAUCGAGUGCGUCAGCGUGGCUGGCAAGCCGCCUGCGGAGAUUACGUGGAUCGACGGGCUGGGAAACGUGCUGCACAGAGGCAUCAAGACAACGAAGGAACUGUUCGACGACGGACCGUUGUACACGGUGAAAUCCGUGCUGAGGGUGAUGCCUCGCAAGGAUCACGACAACACGACGUUCACGUGCCAAAGUCAGAACGCGGCCGACCGCACGCCGCAAAACGCGAAGUUACGUGUCGAGGUCCGUUACGCGCCGAAGGUCUCUUUGAGGAUCCGCUCGGGUCUGGGCAAGAACGGACGUAUAGUGGAGGGCAGCGAGCUCCGGUUCAAAUGUCGUGCCGAGGCCAAUCCACCGAACGUCGAGUACAGAUGGUUUAUCAACGAGAAGAAGGUAAUCGGCGACUACACGACGGAUAUGAUCAUCCACAACGCGACCCGCGAUCUUCACGACGCGAUCGUAAAGUGCGAGGUCCACAACGACGUCGGCAAGAGCGAGGAGACCGAGACCCUGGAUAUCACAUACGGGCCGCAGUUCCGACACCCACCAGUCUCCGUGGAGACGCAGUACGGCGCUACGGAAAUCUUGCAAUGCGACGUCGACGGGAAUCCGACGCCGGAGAUACGCUGGUACCACGAAGACACCGAGCGACAGGUCGCCACCACGCCGAACAUAAGCGUGGUGGUAAAUCACGAAACGGCCGGAAGAUACGUUUGUAAAGCUCGCGUACCCGGUUUUCCGGAAUUGACGGGCUACGCCAACAUCUACAUCCGGGCGCCACCCCGCAUCGAGUCGCAGAAGGUCCAGUACGUGCCCGACGAAGGAGUCGUCAAGGUGAAGUGUACCGCGAUAUCUGUGCCAAAAGCGGACUCGGUGGUAUGGAGCUUCGCCGGUAGCGAGCUCAAUUUCUCCUCGAACAAUACGCCGUUCUACGUGCAGGAGGAAUACACCGGCGAGAGAGUCGUCAGCACUGUCACGUUGCUCGAUCCCAUAUCCACGUACUUCGGGGAUUACAACUGCACGGUCACGAAUAGCUUCGGCACGGAUUCCGUCAUAAUCAAGCUGACGGCACACACGUUGAUUCCAGUCGAUUGGCAACUGAUUUUAAUCAUCGGAGGACUGGUGGUCGUCUGCGUGAUCCUCAUUGGCGUGAUCGUUGUACUCUUUCUGCAAUGCCGGGACCGCAUCAAACAGCCGCGGCCGAGGACAGCCCAGACCCAGGAGACUGAUAUGCAAGAAACAGAUUCGAACGCUGAUCGAUAUCGAGAGAGCGACAGAAGCAGCAACCUCUCGGAUGUCAAAGCGGAUAUACGAGCGGGAUCGAGUGUCAGUAACGCAGAAAGUGUGACAGCACUUGACAGCGAGGGCGAAGGAAGCACGAGAGGUGUCAAUGCUUUGGCGUUGGCCGGACCUGUUCCAAAUCCCUUGGGUUAUCGUUACAGCGCCGAUUACACGGAACCUUCGUUUCCACCCAAGAAUAACGACGGUAGUAACAACAAUGGUUACGUGCCGUACGUAGACUACACCCGCGACUACAUGCCACCCACGACACAAGGAGUGGGUGCGUCGCGAGAAUCCUUAAGCAGGAUACCAUCGGGCGGCAUCCUCGCCUCAAAGAAGAUCGGUCUGAGUUCCGCGAAUUUGGGCACGCCGAGCCCGCAAACGACUCCCGCGAUCGACCCUCGUUUCUCCGCAACCUAUGGAAAUCCCUACCUCAGAAUGUCAGCGGCGGAACAACUGAGACACGCGCCGCACACAGCGGUGCCGGGAGUAACGCCAGCACCACCACCCUAUACUCAAGCAAUGAGAAUGAAUAGCUUGAAUACCUUGAACGGAGCUGGACCGCAGGCUCCACUUUCGGCGCACUACAUCACAGGUGGGCCAAACGGUGGAGUCGCGACGGUAAAGCGCACCUCGGCGGUCGGGACGCUAGCGACGCAUGUAUGAGGCCAGGGG